UGAAUUGCCGGCCGGGAAGAAGAAAACCAAACCAGUUUGAAAAUGUUUCUCCGGUGGAGGGGAGGGGAAAGGAAUAUCGUAUAGCUCGAGCGCUCUUGAGCUCUCUCAUCUCUCUCGCUCUCUCUGCGGAGGAAUCGGAAUGCAGCGGCUGAGGAGAGGGAGCUCGGUGCUGAGCUCCCUGUCGGCGCCGCUCCUCAAGAAGAAGGCCCUCAAUUCAUGGGCCGCCGUUCAGGACACCUUCCUCUCCACCAAGGACACCUUUGAGAGGCAUAGGGUGGUGUUCACGGUCGGGACUUCGAUUGCAUCGGUGGCGACAGCAUGGGCCGGAUAUUCUAUACGACACUAUCAUGAAACAAAUGUCGAUCGAAGGCUUGAAUCAAUAGAAAAGGCUAUGAAGAACAAUUAUCAUCUUGACCAUUCUGAUAUCAAGAAGAUUGUUGACAGAGAGAGCUCCAGUUCUGCUGCUUGUUUUGCCACUGCUGCUACCACCUUAGUUAUUGGGUACGCCUUGGGCUGGCGAGGUGGAAAAUGGUAUGCAAACAGGAAGCUCAAGAGGGAGCAGAUGAAAAUGCUGGGGCAGAUGAAACCUAAAAGGUGGCAACUGCUCGGUCAGAUAAGGCCUAAAGGCUGGAAACUCCAGUUCCUCAAGAGACCCUUAUCGAGAUCUCGAGCACCCGAGUCUCCUCCUAAAACAGUAUCUGACAAUAAUCUACCAAAAGACAUUCCUGGAACUUAUAGGACCGGAGAAUACCCUCCGUCUUGCUCUCAGUUGCAGGGGUGAUUCCUCCAUUGACUGGGCAUUCAGCUGUCCCGAUGCUGCUGCUCACUCGCUGUUACAAGUCUAUUUUUCCCUUGUAUUGAGAGGUUACUUCUAGCUUUUGCAUCAGUCCCAUAUGUGUCGAUGUAGGCGAUAUGAAACUGCAUGUGGAAAUGCCGAAGUAGAGGCUAUUAGUUGUUUCUACUGCAUGGGGUCGUAUGAAUGAUUUAUCAUUCUGGUUGUCUUGAGCUGUUCGUGGACUUCGUAGACAACUGACAGUUAUGACAUUUUUGAAGGGGUUGCGCAUCAGAGCAUAGGAAUAUAUAUAUAUAUAUGUAUGUAUGUAUAUAUAUGUGGAAAAUGAAGAAAACGAAUUAUUCGCAGAAGCGUCUCUAAA